AUGCAGUGUCUAGGAAGUAUGUGUCGGUAUCUGUGGGUGACACCGGACUACAACGGAGUCGAUGGUCAAGCUCUUCGGGAAGAAGCUUUGGCUGCCAUCGAAUUGGUGGUAGACCGUCUCGAAGAUCAUUUCGGCUGGACAGAGCAUACACGAGUACCGGCUGGCCAUCCUCGCCUUGGACCCGCACCUUUAUUCACUUUUGAAGUGCAUGGUGACGAACCGGAGCACUGGCGAUAUGUCUUGAGUAGCAUUCGCCAAGAGAUCAGUCGCGAAGAGGCAGCGCUGAAGGAACUUCGAACAGUAGAGAUAGGACAACGGAAGAGGAGUCGUUUCACGGACUGGAUCACUCGCAAAUGGAGGCGACGGACAGGCGCACCGUCUACGCAUGUGACGACAUGGUCCGUAGAUGACGUGUCUUUAUGGCUAAAUUCACUCGGACUUUCACAUUAUGCCAGUCAAUUCAAAGCAAAUGACAUCCGUGGACACGAGCUGAUUCAUUUGGAGCGCACGGAUAUGAAAGACCUAGGAGUGCUGAAGAUUGGGCAUGCAAAAAGGCUACAGGUACGCAUCGUUUGUUUACUUAAAAUGUUUGGCAUUUCUGCAAUUGCUGAAUUGAGAGAAAAGGAAGUGGAACUGCGACGUGAAAGUCGACGAAGUGGAAGAAAAGGCACGAGUCUCUCGGUCGAACGUGCUCCAUUAGAGCCUGCUCCAGAGCUUCCCAGUUUGAGCAGUAUCUGA